AUGGAGAGAGCAGAUCAUUCUCUAAUGAUGGACAACAACAUGAUGAACGCUGAGUGCAGGGCUUGGAUUUAAUACUCUGAAUGAAGAUAAUACACUUUCCUUCUGGAGUGGAUGGAAAGGUGUAAUAUUAAGCUUGCAAAGGUUAAUGGUCAGAGGAAGUAUGGGGCCUUCCUGCAGACUGGGUUGGAGAAGCUCCUCAACUUGGGACAGAAAUAUUUAUCAACUAUCACACUGAAGAAAUCUAUGAAAAUAAAUGUAUUCCACUUUCUCAGACUGUUGGACUAUUGUAUGAAUUUUGUCUUAUGACGGAGAGAUUACACAAGUGA